GCUUGUUGUCAGUUAGGAGGAAAGGUGGGCAUUUUUUUGUUUUGUUCUUAUUUUAUUCCUUAUACGUCUCUGCUGCAUUCACAUUGAUGAAAUAUAGAUUUUGAUAUGGAUAUUUAGUCAAAUCUUUGGCGUAAAGUUAUAAUUUCCCAAAUGAAACCAACCAACGGUCGAAUCUAAAGCGUCUAGACAGACGUCCUUUGCUGUUUAUGUAUGGUUGAAGACUUGGCUUGUUAGUUAGCCAUGUCUCGUUUUACCAGUGCCUUCGUUGCAUCUCCUUAUAGAAGUGAUCAGGCACCAAAACCAACUGAUAAGAGGUGGAGUAGGCCUCCAGAGGGCCUUGUUGUACCCCAGGAUGUGGAGAGGGGGCUGGGGCCAUGGAGUAAGGACCAGGGGCCGUCCAGCUCAGACCCCCCUCUCCCCCCUCAGCUGUGGGGGCCCAAACGGCAGCUAGGCCAGACCAGCCCUGGACCCAGGGUUCCCAUGGAUACUGCUACCAGGUACAGGAUGACCAGCAGACAGCAGACAGGAACAGCUAUCCUGGUGCGUGGUUGUCGCAAGCAGAGUCCGCUCCCUCUACAGGGUACAGCUGUAGGGAGACUGGGGCUGUCAGAGGAGGAGGCCAAGGAGCAGAUGGAGAACGACACCGUGGAGUUGGUGAGAGAGCUGGUUACCAUGCCGUCCAGGGACAGAGUCAAAGCUGUACGAGGCCUUCCUGUAAGUCUGGGGGAACGCAGAAACAUCAGGUGCCGUGUCUUAGCAGAGAAGUUCUCCAGGAGGAGUCUAGAGAGAACGAGCUGCACUGACUGUUGGGAGCAGAUCUCACUGUCUGUUCGUAGGUGCAGCAGCGUGGUGUUUUUCAGACAGUCUCUCUCUCUGUGGCGCGGUUCUCUGAGGGAGAUCAGUGGAAGGUUUGGUUCUGCUGUUCUCUGCUACUUCCUGUUUCUAAGAUGGCUGCUCCUCUUCAACCUCCUCUCCUCCCUCCUCAACCUCUCCUUCAUCACGUUGCCGUGGGCGUUGCUUAGCACCGACACUCAGGGCGCCGGGACAACUGCCGGGUUCAGGGGACUGGAGCUCCUCACUGGAGUGGGGUGGUUCAACGUGUCCAUGCUGUACUAUGGUGUCUACAGCAGUAACAGUGUGCUGUCUAGUUAUAACAUCCAGCUGGCUUACCUCUUUACCAUCACCUCCUACAUGCUGCUCUGUGGAGCCUCAGUCAUAUACAGCAUGGCAGGGUGUCUCCAGACUGGUGUUGUGGCGUCAGGUGUAGCGGCUCAGAGACCUGGUUCUCUGUCUGGAAGAGGAGAUGACUACUGGAGACUGUUGUGUAGCUGGGACUUCUCUCUGCUGCACCACGCGGACAUACACACACACAGGACCAACCUGCUAGUACAUCUAAAGGAGUCUCUAAGGGAGAGCAGAGUGAAGAGAGAGCUGUCUGUGUCAGACAAGAUGAGGGCCUGUCUGGUCCGUCUGGCUGUCUGGCUUCUGUCUGUCUGUCUGGCUACUGGGGCCUGUGUGGCUGUCUACUACCUCUGUCAACACAACCUGCAGCAUGUGGUAACGUCCCCCAGUCCAGAGGAUGUCCUGACAGAGGCCUGGUCUCUGCUGCUGCCUGUAGCAGUGUGUGUCCUCAACACCUUCAUAUCACUACUCUACACACACACACACAGACUGGAGCGCUACGAUAGCCCACGUACACGCGUCUACGUCACGGUGCUCAGGAAUGCGAUGCUGAAGGUGUCUAUCCUAGCAGUGUUGUGUUACUACUGGUUAGCGCUGGUCCCCGGCAACGUCCCGUGCUGGGAGUCGUAUGUUGGUCAGGAUGUGUACCGGCUGGUCAUAGUGGACUUCAUCUUCUGUCUGCUGGGAUCCUUCUGUGGAGAAUACCUCUACAAUGUGAUUGCCACCAGGUGUGUUGUGAAGCCGGCAGAGUUUGACGUGGUCAGGAACGUUCUAGAUCUGAUCAACGCUCAGACCCUGGCCUGGAUAGGGGUGUACUUCUCUCCUCUCCUCCCUGUCGUUCAGCUCAUCAAACUCUUCCUAAUCUUCCACCUAAAGAAGACCAGCAUAAGGAGCUGCCAUCCUCCCAGCUCCUGGAGUAGGGUGGGUCAGAUGCAGACCCUCUUCAUCUCCCUCCUCUUCCUCCCCUGUUACCUGGGGACUCUGGCCCUGCUGGCAUACACACUCUGGAGUCUCCCUCCCUCUAGUGUGUGUGGUCCGUUCCAGGGCCAGGGCUGGGUGAUGCAGACUGUAGACCGGUGGCUAGCCUCCGUUCAGGCCUCUCAGCCCCACUCUGCCUGGCUGGCUUGGAUCAUCAACGUUAUACACAGUCAAGUCCUCUACUGCCUCCUAACACUCAUAGUACUGGUGGUGAUGUACUUCCUGUGGCAGGUGACUCAGGGUCGUAAACGUCUCAUCAUGUCUCUACGGGAACAGAUCGUCAACGAGGGGAAGGACAAGGCCUUUCUCCUCAGGAGGUUACAGUGUCUACAGAGACAGGGAGCAGGCAGACCUAGACCACAGGUGCACUUCGAGGAGGAGAAACCGACCAGGCCAGAGUCAGGGCAGCUUAGAGAAGAAACACGCCCUCCUCCCUCCUUCCAACACCCACCCCCCACGGAGGCCUCCUCCGUGUUCAUUCGGCCUCCCUGGGACAGCUCCCCCAGGCUAGGUAGAGCCCAGCCCCCCAGUCCCCGUGGUGGAGGCAGCCCCAGAGGCAGCCCCAGAGGCAGCCCUGGUCGCGGCCGGACCCCAGCCAGCAGGCAGGCAUGCUGGGUAGAGGAGCGACCAGCCCCUCCCCCUCCAGAUCCACUAUGGCCAGUCAGGGGUAGAGGAUGGCUUCAGGGAAGGCCCCACGGGGGGCCCAGAUUGGAGCCGCUGCCUGCCCGCGAGGUACCCGUCCUGCCUGGGUCGGUGCCUGAGAGCGCCCCCCUUCCCCCACGGAGACCUGGGUCCAGCAGAGCAGAGGUGAACCAGGGACAACAUCAGUCCUAG